UCCGGCUAUAUGUGUUUAGGCUAUUUCCUCUGGGUUCGGCUCUGCCUUUCCACCGUGUCGAUUUCACGUGGACUUAUAACUGACGAAAAAAAAGGUUGGGGGGGGGGGGGUGGUGGUAUUUGUUUUUGUGCAUCUAUAAUUUCCAGCAGUACUCAGCCAUCUUCCGUGCGUAACCACGGAUUUGACAGAAACGGGAAAAAAAAGGUUCAGACAUCCAGGCAAGGAUCCAACGCCGCAGCACUGGAACAAUUUCAUUGGAUUUUUUUUUUUGGUGCACGUUUGAUUUUAUGAAUAUACAUUAGUAGUGUGGGUGGGGUGGACCCCACUAUCUGCUUCCUCACCCUGGUCAACUGGAGCAGAGUUUACCGCGGCAAUUAAAGGCAAGUAAGUGGAAGGGGAGUUCAGAAUCCUAAGCAUAAACCUGUUCCUGUUGUUUUCGAUCAAGCAGCUCGGGUUUGUUCACUUUUCCCAGAUUUCUAAUAAUAAUAUUUUGGAUGAUGCUGUGAAGAUGUCAGUGCCCAUAGUCGGUUUUCCAAAUGGAUUUUUGCUGGAAGAUUGGAGGAUGGAGGCUGAAGUUAGCAGGAUCACCCGGAACUUGGAAAUGGGAACUGUCAUGACUAUAUAUUAUCAGAAAAAAUCUCAACGACCGGAGAGGAAAACUUUUCAGGUUAAACUGGAAACUAGACAGAUCACCUGGUGCAGGACGUGCGAAAAGACCGAAGGGGAGAUUGACAUACGGGAAAUUAAGGAAAUUCGACCUGGGAAGAACUCAAGAGAUUUUGAGCGUUAUCCAGAUGAAGCACGGAAACUGGAUAGCAACCUGUGUUUUGUCAUUCUCUAUGGAAUGGAAUUCAGACUGAAAACACUAAGCGUUUCAGCAUUCAAUGAAGAUGACACCAAUAUGUGGAUAACUGGUUUGAACUGGCUGGUGCAGGACACUCAGAAGUCCCCCACACCUCUCCAGGUAGAAAGGUGGCUCAGGAAGCAGUUCAACAUGAUGGACAGGAACAAAGAAAACAGUAUCACUGUGAAGGAUCUAAAGACCAUGCUUCCUCAAGUCAACUAUAGAGUUCCAAAUAUGCGGUUCCUGAGAGACAAGUUGUUGGAACUGGACACGAGGAUGGAUAUAAACUAUGCACACUUUGUUCAAUUCUACAGAAACCUGAUGUUUGAUGCACAAAAAUCAGUAAUUGAGCAGCUGGAGCUGUCUUUUCCUCUAAGGAAUAUGGAGAGGCCUGAACUCUGCCAAAUAACACUGUUUGAUUUCCAGAAGUUUUUGCAAUAUGAUCAAAAGGAAAGUUGGGCAAAUGACACUAACAAAGUUCGAGAAUGCAUCUUUAAUUAUUUUAAAGACCCUUUACGGGAGACUUCAGACCCUGUUUUACAACUUGAUGAGUUCUUGGCAUAUCUGUUCUCUAAAGAGAACAUGAUCUUGGACUCCAGGUUUGAACGAGUGGCUCCUGAGGAAAUGAACCACCCUCUUUCUAACUACUGGAUCUCCUCCUCGCACAACACGUAUCUGACCGGAGACCAGUUUUCCAGUGAGUCGUCAUUAGAAGCCUAUGCCCGAUGCUUGAGGAUGGGAUGCCGCUGUAUAGAACUGGACUGCUGGGACGGCCCAGAUGACCUGCCAAUUAUUUAUCAUGGGCACACACUUACCUCCAAAAUCAAAUUCUUGGAUGUACUUUAUACAAUAAAGGAGCAUGCCUUCGUUACCUCAGAGUAUCCCAUAAUCCUCUCUAUUGAAGACCAUUGCAGUGUUGUGCAGCAGCGAAAUAUGGCAUCUUACUUCAAGAAGGUUUUUGGGGACAUGUUGUUGACCAAACCUGUGGACAUCAACGCAGAUGAACUUCCAUCACCCAAUCAGCUGAAGAAGAAAAUCCUGAUAAAGCACAAGAAGCUGGUGGAAGGUAACCUAUACGAAGAGGUUUCAUCAACCAGCUAUUCAGAAAAUGACAUCAGCAACUCCAUUAAAAAUGGAAUCCUGUAUUUGGAGGAUCCCAUUGAUCAUAAUUGGAGUCCUCAUUACUUUGUCCUGACUAGUAAUAAGAUCUAUUACUCUGAGGAAACAUCCAGGUAUCAGAACAAUGAGGAUGAGGAGGAAGAAGAACAGAAAGAGGAAUUCAACAACAAUGAUUUGCACUUCAGUGAAAAGUGGUUUCAUGGAAAACUUGGUGGAGGGCGAGAUGGUCGUCAGAUAGCGGAGAAGCUUCUCCAUGAGUACUGCACAGAGACUGGAGGAAAAGACGGCACCUUCCUUGUCCGGGAGAGUGAAACAUUUGUGGGAGACUAUACCCUGUCUUUCUGGAGAUCAGGACGGGUUCAGCAUUGCCGUAUCCACUCACGACAAGAAGCUGGCACAACAAAGUUCUACCUGACUGACAAUCUGGUCUUUGACAGUCUUUAUACACUGAUCAGUCAUUACCGGGAGGUUCCACUGCGUUGUAAUGAAUUUGAAAUGAGAUUGACUGACCCAGUACCACAGCCAAAUGCUCAUGAAAGUAAAGAGUGGUACCAUGCCAACUUAACGCGGUUACAGGCUGAGCACAUGUUAAUGAGAGUGCCACGGGAUGGAGCCUUCCUGGUCCGAAUGAGGAACGAGCCCACCUCUUACGCUAUAUCAUUCCGGGCAGAGGGAAAAAUUAAACACUGCCGUAUCCAGCAGGAGGGACGCCUUUUCAUGCUGGGAAGCUCUGCAGAAUUUGAGAGCCUGGUUGACUUGGUGAAUUAUUAUGAAAAGCACUCUCUGUACCGGAAAAUGAAACUGCGAUAUCCAAUCAAUGAGGAAACGUUGGAGAAGAUGGGCACAACAGAACUGGACUAUGGAGCCUUGUACGAAAUGCGGACACCUCAUUUUUAUGUUGAAGCAAAUAAGAUGCCUACAGCAAGGUGCACAGUUAAAGCUCUGUACGACUACAAAGCCCAGCGGGAGGAUGAGUUGUCCUUCUGCAAGCAGGCCAUUAUUCACAAUGUCGACAAGCAGGAAGGUGGAUGGUGGCGAGGGGAUUAUGGAGGCAAAAAGCAGCUGUGGUUUCCAGCAAAUUACGUGGAAGAGAUAACAAAUACUCCAGUAGCUGAGCAGGAUGAAGCGUCUGUGGAAAACAGCCCAUUGGGAAGUUUCCUCAAAGGAUUUAUUGAUGUUCCAACAUGCUACAUUGUAAUUCAGAAGGAAGGGAAGGGAAGCAAGCAGCAUGUGUUCACGAUCAACUCCCAACAAAUGUCCCACCCUGCACAGCUGCUGGACGUGGCUGCAGAUAGUCAAGAGGACCUGAAUGACUGGGUUGCCAAGAUCCGCGAAGCGGCACAGAAUGCAGAUGCGAGGAUGCAGGAAGGAAAAAUAAUGGAGAGGCGAAAGAAGAUUGCACUGGAGUUGUCGGAGCUGGUCGUCUAUUGCCGCCCGGUCCCUUUUGAUGAAGAAAAGAUUGGAACAGACAAAGCCUGUUACAGAGACAUGUCGUCCUUCCCUGAAACAAAGGCAGAGAAAUACGCCAACAAAAGUAAAGGCAAGAAGUUCCUUCAGUACAACCACCGGCAACUGAGCCGUGUAUACCCCAGGGGACAACGUCUGGAUUCUUCCAACUAUGACCCAUUGCCCAUGUGGAUCUGCGGCAGCCAACUGGUGGCCCUCAACUUCCAGACACCAGACAAACCAAUGCAGUUGAACCAGGCUAUCUUCACCAUGAAUGGGAGAUGUGGGUACGUGUUGCAUCCUGAUAUCAUGAGGGAUGAAAACUUUGAUCCCUUUGACAAAAGUACUCUCAAGGGUGUGGAACCAAUCACCAUACAGCUUCAGAUCUUGGGAGCACGACACUUGCCCAAGAACGGGAGGAGUAUCGUUUGUCCAUUUGUUGAGGUGGAGGUUUGUGGAGCUGAGUAUGACAACAGCAAAUACAAGACUGAGGUGGUGGCGGAUAAUGGACUGAAUCCUGUCUGGCUUUUCAAGCAAUUUGUCUUUGAUAUCAAUAAUCCUGAGUUUGCCUUUUUGAAGUUCAUUGUGUAUGAUGAGGACAUGUUCAGUGAUCCCAACUUCCUGGCCCAAGCAACUUACCCAGUGAAAGGACUUAAAACAGGUUACAGAUCUGUGCCCCUGAAAAACAGCUACAGUGAGGAGUUAGAGCUGGCCUCUUUACUUGUUCACAUUGAGAUUGUAAAUGCAAAGGAGGAAGAUGACGAGAAUCUGUACUCAUCUAUCCAGCAACUACGUGAUCGGACAAGUGAGCUUUCUAGUCAGGUGUCAAGUUUUGAACGGAACAACAGCUGUGAUUCCCGCUACCAGCAACGUUUGGAUGAGUUACGUGUUGUGCAGGAUCAGCUUAUGGAGUUGACAGAAGCCCGCAACAAACGACUCAUAGAGAAGAAAAAGAGGGACAGACUACGGCAACAAAUGGUGAACAAGAGGAACUAAAGAUUCACAUGACUCUGGCAGCGCUGAAGCUGCAGAUCGCUAAGGUCUAUCGGUUUCCAUGGAAACCCUCUGCAGAUUCGGCCUACAUUCAGGCAGUCCUGGCAAGAUCCUUAAGAAGUCCAUUUAGCAUAUGGUGCAAGCUAGCCUAAGCUUUAUGGAGAUGAUUUCAGAGACGAAUGAUUCAGCUCUGUGCCUUUUUAACAUUUUUUUUAAUUUCCCUUUUCAACAUGUUACAUUUGCAGAUGACUGAUUAUUUUUUAAAAUGUGUCAAUAUUAAGGUCUUAUUGAGGAAAAAGUGCAUUCUCAUUAGAUUUGAAAGCACCACACAAUUCUCGGCAGAGUAAAGCUCAUGCAAGCAUGGUGAAGUGUGGUAAUAGUUUCUCUGCCUCAUUUGUUGAUUCAGCGCCGUACUGUCUAUACUUCUGUCUGGAGUUCUGUGUAUGACACAUUCUUUCAGUGUGUCACAUUUAAUUUCUAUAAUACUUUCCUCAUCAUGCAUUCUAGAAUAAUAUCCCUGUUUUGAAAUGCCAAGGGUGACCUGCCAGUAUACAAAAAAUGGUGAUUUAAUAUACCAAGGAACUAUGCAUAUACAGCUGAGGAUAUUGCUGUUAGUUAUCAUUUUCUUCACCGGGAGGAUUUGUUCCAAGCAUUAGAGCCUUUAGUCCUGGAAUAUCAGGGCACAGUCUGUACAGAAAAAAGUGACAGUUUUUUUGAAAGAAACUUUUCAACCUAUUGUUUUGCUAAGUAUCUCCCUUAUGGGAGCAUGUUUUUUUUUGUUUAUUCCAGUUAAAAGUUCACCCUCCCUAUCCUGCCAUCCACUAUUAUGGUCAUCAGGCUGGGGGUUGGUGGCAGGCUCCUUCCCUGCCACAGUUGGUGCUCUCAGACGGACUGCUGGGAGACGAGCAAGAAUGGAUUUUUUUUUAAAUAAAAUUUUAUUUUUCCAGGUUUCAACUGUACAAAAUGAAAAAGGGUUUGUAAUGCCCAGCACCCAGGUAAAACUGAGCACUAGCAAUCAUAAAUAACAAAUGUAAAGGAAACUAUGUAGCCCAGCAUUUAAGUUGACAUAAAAUUACAUGACUACAAUGAGAACAAGCAGACUCAAUAAACAAUGUUAAUACUU